UGGCUUUAAGAAAGUUGACAGUGUUUUUAUUUCAGAUUCAUGGGAAUAACCAUGUGAAGUUAUGCCAUAAUUCCAUUUGAUGGUUUCUUUAUGGGCAUUUAAUUCAAGUGGUUUGGGCUAUCAGGAUGUGAAAUGAAGGCAGCUUCCCUGUCAACACUCCUCCAUGAAGAAUCUUCAUGAACAAUAAAUUAUUGUGAACUUCUGUACAAGUUCACUUGAGUCUCUUCUCCUCAUGACCAUCUCUCCUGACAAAAUAUGUGAUUCCUCAGAAACCUUAUGCCCUGAGGUGGAAGCACUUUUGACUACUUCAUUUAGUCAAAAAGUGGUUGCAGAGCCACACACAUGCCAGCAUGUAUGCCAAUAACUGUAAUGGGGAUGCUGGGAAAGUUCCUGGCUACAUGCAUCCCAGCAAUGCAAUAAACAUGAACAAUGGGCCUCCAAUGAAUAUGGCCUCAAGUAAUGAGGCAUCACUUAUGCCACCUACCAGUACAAUGAACAUGCUUCCUGUGAAUGCAAUGAGCAUGGCUGGUAACAAUCCAGGGAACGUGGCUUCUGGCAAUACAGGCAUGAUGCAAAAUAGUGGCAUGAAUAUUAUGCACAAUAAUGGUAUGAAUAUGAAUGUCUCUGCAAACAUGCAAAUGCCCAAUGGUGGAGUAAAUAUGAUGCCUGGUAGUGUAAUGAAUGUGGCUCCAAAUAAUGUUAAUCAUUCCAUGAAUAUGGGUCCAAAUAGUAUGAACAUGAUGCCCAAUCAUGCAAUGAAUAUGAUGCCGAAUAACACCAUGAAUAUGAUGCCUGGAAGCCCCAUGAAUAUGCCACCAAACAAUGUGAACAUGGUACCCAACAAUGCUAUGAACAUGAUGGCCAAUGGUGUGCCUAACAUGGCUGCAAAUGCUGCUAUGAGUAUGGCUUCCAAUGGCCAAAUGAACAUGGGACCUAAUGCUCCCAUGAAUAUGAUGCCCGGCAACGCCAUGUACAUGAUGCCCAAUAAUGUUGGUAGUUUGUCAAAUAAUGCAAUGAGCAUGAUGGGUUCCCACUCCAUGAACAGACCUGUCAAGAAGUGUGUCAGCAUGACCCAGUAUCAUGCAGCAAGUAUGGGAUCCAACAUCCCUGCCAACAACCAUGGCCCAAACGCUGCUAAUGUAUCACCAAGUGCAAUAAAUUUUCAUUCUAAUAAUUCUGCAUGCAUCAAUAGUGGUAUAAAUGUGGUGUCAAAGAAUGCAUUGAACCAGUCUUCUAGCAGUGUUAUGAACGUGACUCCCAGUGUCGGCACAAGUGUGCCUUCCAGCAACAGUAUGAAUAUUCCCGGCCAGACGGCAGCCAAUGGCAUGAACAGUAGUAGUAUGAGCAUGACGGGGCAUGGUGGUGUGAAUAUGCCUGGUAUUAACGGCAUGAAUGUCCAAUGCAACAGUGGCAUGAACAUGCCAAACCAUAAUGGCAUGAACACGCCAAGCCACAAUGGUAUGACCUUGCCCAACAACAAUAGUGUAAACAUGCUUAACAGCAAUGGCAUGAUCAUGCAUAACAAUAGCAUGAACAUGUCCAACACUAAUGGAAUGAUCAUGCCUAGCAACAGUGGCAUGAAUAUGCCUAACACUAAUGGCAUGAAUAUGACCACCAACAAUGGGAUGAACAUGAUAAACAACAAUGGCAUGAAUAUACCCAGCAACAGUGUCAUGAACAUGCCUAGCAACAAUGGCAUGAACAUGCCAAGCAACAAUGGCAUGAACAUGCCCAGCAACAAUGGCAUGAAUAUGAUGAGUAACAACGGAAUGAACAUGAUGAGCAACAAUGGAUUGAAUAUGAUGACCCAUAAUGGCAUGAAUAUGCCUAACAACAAUGACAUUAGUCUCUCCAGCAACAAUGGCAUGAAUAUGCUAAGCAAUAAUGGGAUGAAUAUGCCAGGUAAUGGUGGCAUGAACAUGUCUGCCAGCGGUGGUGUGGGCUUGUGUCACGCACGAAUGAUGUGCGGGCCACGUCUGCCAGGACCUAUGGUGGGUGCCAGUGGACUGGGAAGCAUGGGCUGUGUGGGCUCACUUGGUGAUGGAAGCUGCUCUGCAUACGGUGGGCCAGUGAUGUCACCACCAGCCUUGAGGGCACCCGGGGCCAUUGCUGGUACGGGCUGUUCCCCAGCAGGUGCACCUCUCAUGCACUGCAUGGAUGGUCGCUCAAUGCACUACAAAAGUAACGGCGUCAUGAUGUCGAGAGAUGCAUACAUGGAUGUCUGUGGUGCUAACAAUUGUGGACAGUCCAACCAACACUACUGCCAGCAGCCCAUGGGCUACCAGCAUCAUAUGGGACAUUAUGCUCACCACAAGACUACACCUCAGCAGUUCAUGUGUCACCAGCAACACAUGCAGCAUCCUAAUGCUUUCAUGUGCAAUUCUAUGAUUACUCCUGCCAGGCCUCAGAUGAAUGUUUCCAAGGCAAUGUAUGUUAAUGGAGGAGGUAAUUCUCUGAGCCAGGCGUGUAUGACAUCUGUCGCCAAUUCGUCUCAACAAUUUAAUAAUUAUGGCAGCAUAGGCAACAAAGGAGUAGUGUGUAGUAGCGAGAAACCAGGCUGUGGGACAGAGGCGCAAACUGCAAGUGAAGAGAGCCCACGUUGUGAUAGCGCUUGCUCAUCUUCCAGUGACAAUGCCAACGUGAAUCGCACUUCUGAUGUUCAGCUGCCUCAUUCAGAUCAUCCUGUGGCGACAGCAAUACCUCGUGCUGCAGUACAGAUUGGGCCAGCAAAACGCCCAACGCGAGAUCAACCAAUGAAGUCCGACCAAGAAAUUUCUCCAAAUCAAGAAUUAGCCUCUAAUUACAGUAUGCCUUCUGUUUCUAUUUCCUCUGAUUCGAGUAAUAUUAAAAAUAGCACUUCCCCACAGCCUGCACUCAUUGGAACAAGAACAAACAUUGACACAGAUCAGUUAACUGCUCGUGAUGACUGUUCUUCUGGUUUAAGCCAUUCAAAUUUCAACGGUCCUCGCCAAGCUUGUGGGAUUCCUGGUACUGGGACUGCAACUAAGCCAAACAUGGCUGUCGAGAGUUCCAUUAAUAGUGAUAAUAAUGCUUUUUUGUCCUUGAAUUCGGCACAAGGAAAUAACGGCCCAACUAGCUCAAAACUAUCCUCUCAAAAUGAGCUAAAAAGUUCUUCGUCAGUGUGGCCUUCUCCCAGCAGAUCUUCCAGUUUUGAGCAAAGGCAGCCAGUUAAUGAAUGUGAGAAGGUGCCUCAGCAAAAAGAGCUACCUGGCAUCUCUACUCCUGUGCCUCACAGUAUUACUCCAAGUCCUUCAAUUGAUGCCGAUAAACCAAAUUUCACGAACAAUUAUAGCUCGGAAAACGAAACCAAUAAAGUGGGAUAUGACGGUGCAUCUGUUGACAGUGGCGUCGAUUCAAGUGUGCGGUCUGGUAGCAGUGACAGCGUGCAGCUCAUGUCAGGAAGGUCAUCAACACCUAAUGCAUCUCACAUGAUGGUCGAAAGCCCCAAUGCGUGUAAAAUUUUAUCUACAUCUAGUCAAGUGAAUGUUGUGCCUUCAAAGGAGUGUCAUGUCAGUUUUGCAAAUACUCAAAGCUUCUCUAGUUCAAAUCCUAAUCUAGCUGGAGAUGAAAUAACUCCCACCGCCUACUCAGUAGCUCCUACAAACAACUCUCUGAUGCACUCCACACCAAGUCAUCCUGGAGCACUUCUCGUGGUCGUGCCCUUUGGCUGGAGGCGGAUUAUCUCAGCUAAUCGCGUUGUCUAUGUCAGUCCAAGUGGAAAUGAACUAAGCUCAGCACUUGCAGUAUCACAAUACCUGACUACUGAAGGCACAUGCAAGUGUGGGCUGCAGUGUCCUUUGAAGGUGGCCAGCGUCUUCUGUUUUGACCCAAACGUACCUGACCGGCCCACACUUCCGGCUGAGCUGAACAAUAAAGACGUGCUACAGUCGUGUACUCAUCGCCGCAAGCUGGCAGAUGCCUUCACCAAGCAUAUGACUGCCACCCGACAGCAGCACCUAGGGCUACAGUCGCGCCCCUGUCAUGAAGCUGUGUGUCAUUACAACCACAUGUCUCCUGCUGGCCCUCACACACAGCUCAUUCCUCAUGCUGGGUACCCACCACAUGCAACUCCUCCUCUUCAUCACCAAAUGUCCGCUAACUCUUGUCUUCCUCACCACCACCAACUCCCUCAACCAGCCGCCAGUCACAAGCAAACCGACCCCUGCCCGAAGACUGAACCUGGACCAGCCAGUUGUGACAGCUCCAGUGAUGCCACUCUGACGCAGGCCAUUCAGCCCAAGACUGGUGGUGUCACGCCGACCCACACACAUUCCUCUUCGCAUGGGAAUAGUUCUGCACCGCCCCCUGGCUGCUCAUCCAGCACAGUGUCACCGGGUAGCCUGAGAACAAGCGGCGCCCUCGCAACCAUCGCCAAGUCUCCUGGAGUGUUGAGCUCUACCGCCGUAGUCACGAGCUCCUCUACUGUUACUUUCCCGGCAACAGCUUCCCUCAGCAGUUCUGUGUUGCCUGCUCAAAGUGCCUCAGGAACUGCAUCUAAAACUAUAUCAAUUUCGCCAUCGCCAACAACUGCAUCCGUUUUUUCCAGCUUGCCUUCAAAAAACCCUUUGAAAAAUUCUUUGGCCGUAGCUAGUUCUUCAACGGGAUUUACUGCCAUAGCUGGCACUUCCAUGUGUAUUGCCAUUAAGAAUACCUCUUCCAAUUCUGCUAUCUCGGCUGCUGCGCCUCACUUGCCUAAAUCUAAUCCGUCCUCGUUGAACGUCCCGGUUUCAAAACCAGCCAAUUCAUCAACAAUUGCUUGCAGUUCUAUUCCAAAUCCCGUUAUAUCCGAGAUAUCUAUAAGAAAUAUGGGCACCAAUAAUAGCUUAUCCCCUAAAAAAUUCGCCAGUUGCGCCGCCGAUAUUGUGCUAUCCGCGUCACAAGCAUACGCGACGUCAUCUUCUAUCCUAGUAACAUCGUCGCCGGCGUGCAGCGUGUCGCUUGUGUCAUCCGUGGCUGGUACUGCACCAGUCGUGUCAUGCUCAGCGUCAGCAGCCGAGCCUAUUACUGCUGCUGGUCCGGCUCGAGGACCUGCUAAUGCAGCCGCUAGGUCUGUGUCCUUGGCUGACAAUAAAAAGGGUAACGACGCCGGGUUUGGUUCAAAUGACGCAGUUUGUCCUACUAUUAGCCAUCAGCGGCAGCAACAGUUUAUGCAAAUGGGGCAUCAGAAGCAAAUGAGAAUGAUGAUGCAACCUUCACCAGAGCCUCAAAUGAUGAUGCAGCCUCAAGAAAUGAUCCAUCAUCAGGCUUUCCCAAUUCAGCAGCAAAUGAUGCUCCAAAGUCCGCAUUUUGAACAACGAGGCUUUGCAGCGCAACAUCAAAUGCAGGACCCAUGUCGACCGGGCUUUAUGCGAGGUGGCAUGAUGCAGCCCAUGGUGCCACGCGGCGCAAUGAUGCGAGGUCCUUUCCCGGCCCCGGCAGGAGGGUACCGAAUGCCUAUGGGGCCGCGUAUGGGUUCUCAAUGGCCACCCGAAGAUGACAAGUCUGGAGGCAUCAAGCGACGCCGUGGGGGUGGAGCUGCAAUAAGCAGGGCAAGAAAACGUCCCAAGGUUGCUGACGAAGGAUCUCCUAUUGUUGUGCCUUCCUUCUUGGAGGAUCCAAAUGCUUACCUUGCCCAGCAGACCGCAAUGCUGAACAGCACAAUGGCCGGUGGGCCAGGUCAGUUUUCCCCUCAAGGAUCGGUGGCUUUUCCUAGGCAGACUUGCCCAGUGGAACUCAAGUCAGAUGGUCCCGUGGUAAAUUUGUCAGCAUCUGGCGCUCUAGGGUCUCCGCCGAGUGCCAUGACUCAGAACUGCUCUACAGAUUUGCUCAAUAACUCUUUACAGACAAUCUCAUCGAAGAAUUCCAUUCCCAUCCCUCCAUCCUCUACUAAGCCCAAUAAUACGCUUUUGCCCACUUCAUCUUGUGGUUCAACAACUUUAGGACGAUCCCCCAGUGUUCCUUGUACACUACCAAAUGGCUUGUUGCAGCUCAAGUCUGAAGGAAACGUUUCACUCAGAAAUUCUGAGACAGCAAAAAGUAGCUCAAUAUCAGCAUUGCCGUCCAUGGCCGAAAGCAUAACUAUCACAGCAAUAUGUUCUUCCACGCCGACGCCGAAGAUGUCGUCCUUGCCUGCCAGACCUAAAUCGUCUUCCCCGCGUGUAAGUGAACGAGGCUACUUAUCUGUGAUACCUUCUCGGCCAGAGUCAGAAAAUAGUGUUAAACAGGAGGGAAAUGAUAGUAGUGUCAACCAAUCCGAUAAAAAGCCAAAGUGGGCACUGCCCGAGUCAAGCUCCGCUUCCUCCGAGCUUCGCGUUCCUGACCUCAAAUCUCAGUGUGAUCUUGUUUCCAGUGGUGCAGGCGCUCACAAUUCUCCGCCAGAAAAUGUACAUCAUAACCGUCCUGAUGGGAAUACCCAGUCAAGUUUCACCCAAAAUCCUGGCCAUAAGACAUUUUCUAAAGCGGAGACUUCUCAACCAAAUGGUGAAAUGGCGUUUACGCGAUCUUCAGCUAGGCUUGAGACAAGUGGUGUUAGUGAUGACGUCACUAGUACUAGGAAAACUUUUAGUCCUAAAGCCACUAAUAUUCCUGACAAAUCUAAUGAAGGAGUUAAAGCGUGCAUCAGUUUUGACAGCUCUCAUUCUACAUCAGAUUGUAAGACUCAGCAGUGGCGGAGCAACGUUGGCUCAACUGGCCAAGCCUCUCAGGCUCUAGGCACAGAGAUGCUCGCCAUAAGGAGUCGGGUGCUGCGGGCAAGUCCCACGAGUAACUUUGAUGUGGAUAAGGAUGACACACAAGACACGGACUGUGGCGACGAUGAUGCCAGCAACGAUACAACUUCCGAUCCUGAUGAUGGCUGCUCCAAUAGCGCAGAAGCACUUUCAGCAUCAUCUCUGGCUACCCUGAAGAAUCAGGCUACUAAACCAAAUAAUCAUACAAGUAUCGACCCUGAUGUGCUAAAUACACCAUUGCGCGGUCGUCUUGCAACUAGACACAGUUCUUUUAUAAGCAAUGCUCAUGAGAGCGAUAGUAGCAAUAAACCACUCAGCCCAGGACCUAUUAGCAGUACAUGUUCGCAGACGCCAUUGGAAAUGGUUCAAAACAUUGUGAGCAGCAUUCCUUUACCUCCUGUCUCCCACGUGUGCUCCAGUGCUUCUUCUUUCCCAUCGGAUGGCGUGUCGUGUAGCUUACCAUCUUCUGCAUCUGUAACUGCUUCCACAGCUCGCCACACACCUCCAUUCCUGCCACAAGCAGUAGGGGGCUCGCAGCAAAGCACUCUAGCGACAUCGUUACACCACCGCAUUUACGACGGUGUUGUAAGAAGUGGCAUUCUUGUUCAGCAGCCGACAGUGGCAGUAAGUAGCAGCAGUGUUGUGGUGGUCAGCGGCCCUAAACACGCUUCUCAUGUGGCUUCACUGAGUGCUCUCCAGCCUGUUCAACCUCUCGUCCAUCUCGUCAACCCCUUCCCGUCAGCCACGCCACUCAUCAUUCAACAAACUGCCGGUAUUGGAGGCCUUGGUAGCAUCAGCGCUAUUUGCAGUAAUGCGCAGAUUUUGCCCACAUCUUGUACGGCUUUCGUUACCACACAGCAAGCCACUCCUGUCUCAUCAGGAACGCGCACUCCUCUGCCUCUGAGCAGCAGCAGCCCACAGCUCCAAGUGGCACACGUGGUCACCACAGAUGGACGUCUUGACAGCACUGGCUCCCCAUCUGGAUCUUCCACAGUUUCCACUCCUCACUCCACUCCUCCAGAUCCUGCACCUUCACCUCAACCGCCGAGAAAGCGCCGUCGUCGUAGGAACAGCUCAUCUUCCCAGGCCCUACCAAACAUUUUGCCAACCCUCAUAGUGAACAGCAGACCGCAGCAGCAGCAGUUAGUUGUCACUGGAUCACAAGCGCGUUUCACUUCUCAAGCAUCGAGCGCUGGCACGCACCAAGUGAUCACAAAUGUCAGUGCUGGCAGUAUGAUUGCUGCAUCUGCACCCACUGCAAUCAAUGUCGUACAGAUGGUGGGGCCGAGCAUGGCAGGCACUCUGACGGCUGGAACGCUUCAGCCUCCCGCUAUAUUGGUGGGUUCUAGUGCUUCGCCUGGCGUCAUACUUCCCUCAGACGCCACCUUCUUGUCAACGGAUCCCAACACGUGCCUCACGUACCCCGUGCAGAUAGUCGGAGUUACUGCAUCUCCUGCUCAACAAAUGGUGGCUGUGAGAUCUCAAGGCGCCUCCACUGAAGGAGGAAAAAUCGUCACGUGUCUAUCUUCUCCGCCAGCUGUGAGCAACAACAGCGGCGGCGUGCAUCUCUAUGCGCAUAACGCCAACCAAGCUGUCAUGAGCGCCCGGAGUCUGGGCGCUCCUGCAGCCGUGCUUGCGCCCGACUACCUGACAUACCAGCAACACGUGUUCAUGCAGCAGCCACUCGUAGCAAAGACGAGCAUUGCAGGCUUGAGUCCCCAAGGCACCGUAAUUUCUGCCGGCCAGCAGCACCUACUAUCAAGCAGCAGUAAUUGCUCUGAUGCUGGCCAUUCAUCAGUAUCCAUUUCAACUCAAACGUUACAGAACGAAUCUGAAAACUGUGACGUUAGCAGCACAGGAGAUUUUCAGCUGUGCCGCGUGUCUUGUGCUUCAUCGGUGUCGCCCAACUCGCCAUCUCACCAGAGCGCUGAGGUAACCACGACGAGGCUUGAUGAGGAGCCUCAGCGCGUUAGCUCGACUCCUCAUAAACCUCCCUCAGCAUCUGAUUGCCUCUCAAGUUCUGCCACUCCUCCUCAUCAGGCUUCAGGUUGGUGGUGACAGUCCAUUCUCUCGGCAACGAGAGGGGCAUCAUAGCUGCUCUGUCCUGCUCCUGGCCUCGUGUUAGUGUUUUACUGCUGCUAUUAACUUCUUACAGAUUUCACUUCACUCAUUUUUUUCGCUCACUGUCAUUCUCGCCUUUCGAAUUGUUGUAAUUGAAUUUAAUGUUCACUUUGAGAUAUUAAAAUAAAUAUUUCGUCUCAGCUUUGCUAGCAAAACGCCAUUAACGAUUUUUCAUAUUGAAUUGUGUACCUAGCUCUUUUGUCGAAAUUUCUGUUAGAUUUAUUAUUCGACUUCUAAAUGAAAAUUUAAACCAUUUUCAGACGAAGUUGAGUACAGGCGGAAAUAAAGCACGGAAAGCGACCCCCAAGCUUUCGAUUGUCUUCAAAUUCUUUGAACUUCUGAACACGAACCUUCUAACUUUUACCUGUUUCUAAACGUUAUAUUGUAUUCCCGUGAUAAUACCAUGAAUUCAUCUCGUUAUGUGUUAAUUUUAUUUGAUAUUUGCUCCUAAAAUUAUAAAUAGCAUUUUUCAUUUUGUUUGAAAUCAUGUAAGGCUGUUUUGCUACUUGAAAUUGAGACAUGCACGACUGUGGGAUUAUGUCUUUAUAUAGUAUUGAAUAUUUGUGUGAUGAAAUCCUCUGUUCUCGCUCGUUGAGUGUAUGCGCAGGUAGGAGGUUCGGUUUUCUAACUUCUUGUAAGCAGACUCGUACGUUUUUUAGGCUUUUGAUUUCUUUUAUGCCUUCUAUAUAAUAAGGCGUCUUGAAUUAAUAGAUUAGUUUUACGCCUUCAUUUUACAAUGAUCAAAUGAGACAGUCUUGUCCUCUUCCGCCUAGUACGAAGAAAAUAUGGCUUGUACCGUGAAUUUUGUAAUAAGAGUUUACUGUACAAGGAUGUAUUGUCAGACGUUGUGUAUAUUUUUAUGGUUACUCAAUGCAAAGUUAGAUAUUAGUUAUAGUUAGCUGAUAGAACAUUAUUCAAAGGUAUAUUUAUAUUUUCGCUAGACACCGGUCAGUGUUGAUGUACACAAGAAUGGAUAUAAAUCUAGAUUUAUUGUAUUUACUGUACAAAGCGGCCAUUGUUCGGCAUUAAGAUGGGUGCAAUGUCUCCAUAACUUGACGUAGCAUGAUACAGUGUUGUCACGUUGCUCUCUUAUUCAUAAAUGUAUUAAGUCGAAUGAUACGAGCACUUCCUGCACAUGUCCUUACCUCUUUCUUCCAUCCCAGCAUGUCUUGCAUCGUGGCUGCAUUCAACUAGUAAUACAACUGUAAUUAACGUCCCGUCAUUAUUACAACUGCUAUGUUGUAACGUAAGAUGUUACGGCAGCUGGUCAUGUCAUUCAUGUAACAGCUUGUAUUUAUGAGGCGAUGCCUCUUGAUAAUCAUGCAGUCUAGAAAGUUUUCAAGACUCCAGUUAAAUGCCAUAUUUCUUCUCACUUCUUCCCAAUUAUUAGAAAUUUAAUAAUUCUUCAACGUGUGGCAUCUCAUUUACGAUCAAAUGGUGCGGAUGCCAUGUUAUUACCAGUCAUUGGUUUUAUGCUUCUUGAUUAACUUUAUAUAAUUAGUUUGUACUUAUUCCUUUCAUUUUCAAUCAUUUGUAGUACCUGAAGUCAUGUAUAUUCUUUGCACCCUUGUUAAUGUCAAAGUCAAAUAAAAACACGUCUGUUGUGUGUUUGUUAUAUUUGACUUUGUAAACUUUCUGCCCCGAUGGCCUUUGAUACAUUCUAUCCAAUAGAAAAACUGAAGAGGAUAAUCACCUCAAUGGAUUGUUUUUUUUUUUUUCAGCCAAAACAGCUUAUCUGUUUCUGUUCACGAGUCCAGAUAUCAAUGCUUUAAUUCUUUCUUGAACUACUCAGUAGAUAUGAGCAGGUAAUUAUAUUUAGACUUGUUAGUAAGUUCACCUCUCAUGACCUCAUAUUCUUUUGUUUAGGUUUAUUUGAUUGAAUGAACAUUUUAUUGUAAAUAUCCUGCCUCACAUUGCAGUGGAGCUGCGCUUCUGGAAUCUCAGAGCAAUGUAUGUCCUGCUUCGUGAGAGACCUCUGCUUCUUAUGUUGUUCAUCUUCGUCUCGAUGUUACUUUCAAUUUUUUUUCUAUUAUUGAUGCUGAACUGUAAUUGUAUUUACGUUGUCAAAUGAAAUUUUAUUAUGAAA